AUGCGUGAGCUCGAAGAUGUCGAGGAAGUUGCGGGAGAAAGUCGGUCCUCGUACUGCUUGUUGGCUUUUGCGGCCGAGAGCUGGCGACAGCUACGCCCGUGUACGUCGACCAGCACGACGCUGCAUCACCUGAUCCCCAGCUGCCUGCUGGAGAUCAUCAGACCUGCGAAUUCUAUUGGAGCAGUGUCACAAGAAAGUACACCCGCACCUCACGUUGCUACGCAAACUGCGAGACCUUCGACUGCGCUCCACGUCCAGUCGCACGCGGUGAAUGGAGCUCACCAUUAUGCUUCAGUGACGACAGCCAGCCCCCAGACACCAGCGCCGUCGUCUGCCGGCGUUCCUCAAGUGCCCCAGACCCAGGUCUCGCACAAAUCCCUGUCAGCCGGCGAGAGUGCGGCCCCCGAGGAACGCAGACGCCGCCCAGGAUACAACAGGCCGUACUACCCUCAACGGCCGCAACGGCCGUACCGUCCGUACCGGCCGUACAAUAGGCCUGGCUACCAGAGACCUGGCGGCUAUCCUUCUCGCUACCCGUACCGGCCAUACCUUCGCGAACAAUUAGUCGACCCGGAGUUCGAGCCGUACGACGACCCCGCCUACCGGAAAUCCUCGAGCCUGGGCUACGUGCUGGAUGCAUUCGUGCGCGUCCUCACCCGCAUAGUCAGCAAGCCUGCCAAGCACUCGAAAAAAGGUAGCCCGACGACCAACGGGACCACGAGCACGGGACCCGGCACCGACGUCACUUCCACCGGACCUCCGCCAGUCAGCAACGGCGAUGACAGCAGCCUGACCGCGACGCCCCCGCAGUCGCCGCCGCCAGACGAGAGCUUCUUCUACAGCGUCGGAGACGUGAGCGGACCAUUCAAGUUCAUGGUAGCUCUCGCCGAGGUACCCUCCGGAUUGCACGCACCGGGCAAUCCGCACCUCAACAAGCUGCCGUGGGGAGCCCAGCGGCCAGCGCCCAAGCCAGGCAGCGGUUACGUGGGCGUCAUCGAAGACGAAGACCUGGAUACGCCGGCAACGGCGGAAGAGGGCGCAGAGGAGCUGCCGGAAGAGGUAAACGACGAUGUGGCCACGCCAGAAACGCACCCACCCGUGUACUUUUAAGUGGACGCCACCGGCCGAGAAGAGACGUCCAAUCCAGGAGCGGAGAAAUGUCACACCAUCGGCGAGAAAAACACAAACUGCUGGGUUUCUGCAACGAGCAGUAAUAAAGACAUUUCUGCUAAA